AUGGCGAUGGCGAUGGCGACGGAUUCGGAUUCUGAGCGGGAGCGCGCGUCGAUGGCAGCGCUGAGAGCCAAGACCACAGAUGAUUACAACGGCUUUUUGAAAUCAUUUUCCACACUGGAGAGUGGGGAUAACCCGUUUUUACAUCUGUUGGCUGGACCGGCUGGUGGGGCCGCGCAAACGUCCAGACAAACCGUCCUCCCUGGUACCCUUGAGCCCGAAGGAGCCGGCAGCGCUUCUGCGGCAACCAAACAGAGAGAUCAGCCGCAACUAGAUGAGGCGGAGAUGGUGCUGCCUCCGGGCGAGACUGCCUUCUGCCCACCACCCGGCAUUCACCUUCAACUUGACAACUUCACUUCGGAGUACGGUUUUCGGCCAGCCUAUCAACCUUCCUUUGCUGCGCCGCGCCGCACCAACCCGCCUCCUUUGCGUGCCGCCAAGGAGCAGGACGCACCCGCCGCCGUCGACAAGAACAACACCCGUACAGACAAGGAAGACCUUUCUCAACAAGAACGGCUGCUUCGUCAAUUUGAGCUGGAUCUUCACGCAGAAUUGCGUCAUCUGCGGGACCUUGACAUCAUCACACCCGUGGCCCCAAACUCUUCGGUGACAACGGUUGUUGAGUUUGAGGACCUGCAGAUUGAGGAUCUCGAUGACACGGACAUUCAAAUAUUUGGACAAGCGUCACGGCCGUAA